AUGCGGUCCAUGAUCCUCUUCUCCGCCAUCGCUUGUCUGGCGACGCUGCCCGGCCCAGGGAUGGCGCAGGGAGACGCUUGCGUCGCCCUCACACCCGACACCACUGGGGUGGUGGGUAACGAUGGCAUCACCAACCCGCUGCUCCUCAACACCCUGGUGGCGGGCGUGGAUGAGGCGCUCGUGUUCCCGGAUUCUAAAUCCAUCGUGUGA